UGUAUUGCCAAAGUUUUGACAGCUCGGAAGGAAAAUUUUCAGAAUUGGACCCAAAUUUUGCAAAAUAUUGCGUUCAAAUCUGUCCCAAAAUGGAGUGAAUUUAUGCAUAAAGUGUGCAGUGGAUGUCCGUGCAACGUUUAACAGUGGAUUUCGGUGAAUCUGUGGCCGCGCCAGCUUGUCCGGACGAAUUCCAGUUUUUGCCCUUCCAUCGCAUAAAUUUGUUACAGUCGUCAUUCGAGAGUGUGUAGCGGAGGCAGAGGAGAGAAAAAAAAACGCAAGAGGCAACAACAGCAGCAACAAAAACAACAAACGAAACAAACUACACUUUCCUCUGUCCGUGCGGGGCUGGAGCUGGAGUAGAAGCUCGCUGGUCUGGUAGCAGGUGAAGGGAUCACUCAAGCAAGUGUUGUACAGCUGCCCCCAACCUUUGAAGCACCAUCGAUCGACGGAGAUCACCUCCGACACAGCAGACGCAGGUCAUGUCAUGUCAACAGGCGUCCCGAGUCCAGGAAGAUCCGUAUGCCUUCACGGAGCCGGCACCACUUCCGGCGAACACAUCCCUCUACAAGCACUCACACGCAGUCAGUAGUACCAUAAGCACCACCUCCACCACCGCCGCCGCCGCCGCUGUCGCCAUCACUGCUGCACCCGUGAUACAGGCUGGCACAAGUUUGCUCACGAGCAACAACAGUGGCGCCCACAAUGCCAUACAGGUUGGUAUCAGUUUGUCUAGCAACACACCUUGGUAUAGACAAUUGCACGAUCACUUUCGACAGAACCGUACCUCGGGGACACCCGGCAAGGUGACACCGAUCAAAGUUACGCUCGUACAGCCAAUGGGCAAGCCUCGGUUGAAUGGCAGCACCGCCACCACAAUGACUACCAGUCCUAGUGGAACCGUAUUCCGAACAGUUUCCGUUCCGCAAGCCACGACGAUCGUCCACAGGUCGCCGUCUCAAGUGAUGGUCACGGCCGGAACAAACAACACUACAACGCCCUCAACAGUAUUCACAAAACCCUUACAGGUUCAAAUAUCUCCCCAGCAGACGGGCAAAUUUUCCCGCCGAGUACUGGCUAGCAAAUCUCCGAACGUAUCGCCGGCAGCUAUUCAAACGGUGCGAAUAGUGAAAAGUCCAAGCCUGCAGCAACCGAUUGGAGGUCGACCCACCAUUACUCCUGACGCGCGGAGAUAUCUCAAUCAUUCCAGCAACAGUCUGCUAGGACCUCCACCAGCAACGACCCCAGUUGCUCCACCAGCUCCACUGCAGUCCGUUUCGCCCACGAAGAUUCGCUUGAUUCAACCCCAGCCGCAGGGGAAGAUUUUCCUUCAUACCCCAAACAGUAGCAACAGUUUGGCUGCGGCAACUCACAUUUCUAAUCCUGCUAGCAUAGCGGCACUGCGGAACAGUCUUGCCCGACAAAAUCCUUCAUUGUUGAACAAGGUCCCCAUUACGAUACCACAACAGAUUAGCAGCAGUAACAGUACAGUUCUUCCAACGGUUAGACAGAACACCGCGACCUCGACAACGAUAAAUAUCCGUCGAACGUCACCACCGACAAGCCAAAUGAGUCUCGAAACUGCCACCACAACCGUUCCACCGCCCCCUCCCUCUCCCAUACCAGCAACCACGGCACCGGUGAUAUCUCCUGCUAAUCUCCUUGCUGCUUCCAAAUCAAUUCCGCAGAAUCCACAAGCCAUAACCCAACGUUCUCGAACACCUACGACGUCAAUUCUGAAACCUCCCCAACCUGCGCAAUCAGCCUCCCAGGAAGACAUCGGUUUACCAAUUCCCUCCUUUGUUAUUCACAAGCAAGCCGAUCCACUACCACCCCCGGCUUCCCCGCUUACCCCAAUUGCCACCGAUACAAAACCCAUUGCGCCUGUCAUUACUCCUUCGACCCCGAAAACCUCCGUUGUGGCAACGGCUGGAACAAGCAGCACAACCGCUACCACCCCGUCCACUCCGAAAACACAAGGAAAAGGUCGGCCGUCGCAAGCAGAUCGUUCAAGCACUGCUAAAACUGCCCAACACCAGCAUGGUACCACCGGUAAGCGAAUGAAGCGCUCCUACAGUCGUUCUUCGCAUCACGAGACUCUCGAAAGGAUACCGGCAGUGACGACGACGACAAUGGCGACGGCUCCAGGACCACAGGUCAAAGAUGAACAGGAGGACUCAUGCGAAAGUAAAGCCCAGCCGGCUACGGUUCGGCUUUCAAAGUGGAAGCCCCCGGGAGCGAUUGCCAUACCGAUGAACCGCGAAUGGCACGCACCGGAUUCGUACGCUUUCGAUAUCUGCACUCCCGGGUCGGUAAGCUACAGUACGCUGUCGCGUGCACCCUGUGUUCAGGACGUUUGGUUCAACGAAAUCUACGCCAGCACGGAGAUGGACACGGAUGCAGCUGCGGCAAUGCUCGGAGGUAUGCGACCUAGAAAGGUCGGCCGGAAGACGUCCGGCGAGGACCAGAACGGCAAGCUACUGUUGAACUUCGAGCGAGAUCGGGAUGGAGGCGAACUCAAGAAACUGAGCCGGGACGAACGGUUGGAGUUGAAGCGGGCGCUACUGAGGCGCAAAACGGUGCAAUACUGGAAUGGACAGAAGCUGCGAGCCAGUCUGGCGGCGAAGAAACGGUUCAGAGAUGUGGAGAAGAUGCUGAGCAAGAUAGACCACCAGCGGGAGAUGGCACUGAAGAGAAAUGGCGGCGUGGAGCAACCGAAAUGUCAACGACUGGGCUGCGGCCAGGUGGCACUGCUGGCAACUACCCACUGCUACCAGCACAUAACGGACAACUCCGAGCAGCGCCUAUUCCAGCAGUGUACGGCCAAGUUCUCCGACAACAGUCAGUGUCGCGUGCCGGUGUUUGACAUUAGCCACGAAUUGAUCCUUUGCCGCGAGCAUGCCUGGAAGCACGAUAAUCAUGACAAGAUGUCAGCCGAGGUCAAGUUGUUGAAGAAACCCGGUGCCGGCACUGUUGUCGCCAAGAAGAAACAGUCGGUGAAGCAGCCAAUAAUUGCGACAUCCGCGCGAACAGCUGGAACAACUACGACCACAGGUAACCCCAAGAAGAAGAGCAAAAAGAAGAAGCUCACACCCCUGCAGCAGCAGUUGGCCCUGCAUCAGCAACAAUACAAACAACAGUAUUCGAACGUUAAUCAUUCGAAACCGACAUUACCUCCGCCAGCGUACGGAACCGUAUCCGGCGCUUCCAGUACGGUGCAGAUUGUCCCAAAAACAAACACGAUCCGUCAAACAACAGGCAGUCUCUUGCAACAGCCGCUGCAGCAAAUGUCCCAAGGCAACCCUGUUGCUCCCGGAGUAGUACAAAUAGUCCCGCCGCAAUCAACAAUCAGCCGAAACGUCCACAUUCCGUUGAGCCAGCAGCUGCGGCAGCUACAGCAGCCACUCUCACUUGGCACUACUUACCAGCAUCUAUCGUCGCAGCCGAUCUUGCAGCAGCAACACAUGAUUGGCCGUAACGAUGAUCUGAUGCUGAAUUUCGCCGCCCAUCAACAGCAGCAGCAGGCACCGUUCAACCAGCAGCACGUGCAACAGAUGCUUAGCGGUGCCAUUACACAGGAUCUGUUGAACAUUUGCGAGAAUAGUUCAGCGUAUGCCAGUUCCGAGGAUACCGGCGUCGGAGGAUUGUCCGAGUCAGAGCUGAUGGCCGCUCAGGAUGUUAUAGAGGAAAUCCCGUUCGAGAUCGGUAAUCUGAACAACGUACUAAGUCAGUUGCCACCGGAUGCAUUUAAUGAAUUGUUGUUUAGUGAGCAAGAACAGAACGGUCCAACGUUCGAAUCCACCCAGGAGGAGGAAGAGGACCUGGAGCGGGCGCUCGAAGUCGUUGGCGAGCACGUCAAGUCGCUGGAGGACAUGACGGUGGAGUCGGCCAACUUUCUGGGCGACUUUCUGGACAACGUGGACGACGAAAUGCUGAACGGGUCGGACAUUUGCUCGGACCAGAUGCUCCAGUCGCCCAAUACGAACGACAUCCGAGGAUUGGUGCACACGUGAACGUCAGUUUUCAGAGAUGGGUAAGCAGCGAGAUGGGCGCGCGUGUGUGUGUGUCGUGUGUUGGGGAACAUUUCCGGGUUCACUUUUUCUGUUUGCCGUUGGGUCUGCUUGAUUUGCAUUGGGCGUGAUUAUGGGCCCAAUUAUAACCCUAUGUUGUUUAUGUAAGGGAAUGUAAGGAACGUGAUAUUUUCGGUUGAGCGAAAUUAAUUUUUAAGGGUAGAAUUAUUUUCUCGAACCUAAGAGAAGUGUGACAUUUCUGUUUCAUACCGAGGGACAGUCGUGUGGAACUUGUGUAUUCCUACUGAAGUUAACGAGUCGAAUUUCUUCUGCUUCUUUUGUGUAAGAUUCUGAAAUUGGUUAGGAUAGAAAGUGUACAUGAAGAAACAAUAAUCUUAUUUAUUCACAAACUGCUGCUUUAUGUGGAAAAGUUAGCUUUUUCAGAAACAGCCGCAAAAAAAUAUGAAGGAAGUAUAUAUGUAAUCAAAGGGAAACUGAUGUUUUAGUUUUCCGAUUGUGUAACGCUUUAGGCUUUAAUUUGAAGCCCCGCCGAAGCGCGUUGCCUUCGGAAUCCCGGGGUGAGAAAUAUAAAACGGACUUUUAUUCGAUACUAAAUACGCUUCUUUACAAACAAACAAACAUAAUCCAUCAAAUAAAUUCUAUGAAUUUGUUUAUCGCUAUAUUAUGCCGUAUCAACCAAGACCACCCUAUAUCAUAUGAUUUGCGCUAUUAUUUUCUGAUUAGGUCCUAAGUUGUACUCACACCCCCGUAUGUUUAUAUUAUUUUUUUUAAUUAGGAAACAGGAAAACGUAGGUUUGUUUUUAAGUUGUAUACAACUAAACUGAACUAAAGCAUACAAACAACAACAAUAAACUCGCCCAUUCAUUUACAGGCUAACUGAAAAGGGAAGUAAU